AUGUCCGACCUCCCACCGAGAGGUCGGGGCGCGAGGCCCCCUGGGGCGGUUCCUAGGAGCCGUCGUGGGGGGGACUCGGGCUCCGCACCACCAGCAAUACCACCAUCGGUCGCUGGCUCAUCGUCUUUUGGCGGUGAUGCCUCACCAAUCUCGCCAGACCCUACCUCGACUAGGGCCACAUACUCGACGGUUGUGCCAGCUCGAUCUCGCCACACGUCGCCCCGCCGCAGGUCCUGUUCCACCACGGGUUCCGCCCAUUCGCCCGCAGACGAGUCUGACUCAGGGAUGGCCCACCCCCAGGAGAUGGAGGUAGAGGGCACUCAGGGAGGGGAGGAGGUCUCGAGGGACCCCUCCGUCGACCCUCUUCUAGGUCAAUACGCCUUGAAGUUCCGAGACACAGUCGAGGAUCUUCCUGGCGAUCUUGAGGUAUUGACCACCUCCAUUGCGAAGGCCACAGACUGGGUUCUGUGGGCCGUGCACCACAAUCCGCUCUCCAUCGAUGGGGGCGAUGCCUUCGUGGCCCAGAUGAUGUCCUUCGUGAACGCCGUCAUGGCCACUGACUUUGAUCGUAUUCGUGGACCAGGCGAUCUCGACAACUUCUCGCUCGCCUCUCUUCUCAAGGCUGAGACGUCUUCCAAGGACGAGCCGACCAUCCACCUGGCUCCCGUUUUCAGGCCUCCUCCUCCUGCUGCCCGCAUUGGACGACCUUGGUCGCCCGGCCUCCCCUCUCGCAUCCCCGCUUCCAAGAAGCGUAAGGGUGUCGAUCGUCCGGUCCCACCUCCUCAGAAGAAGAAGAGCAAGGUGGCCUACUCUUGCCCUGGUCCGCCUCUGCCGAUCAACCGCGCUACCAAACCCAAGCCCUGUCCAACGACGUGGGCAGGGAUCGCACGACAGGCCGCUCCGAUGCCUCCCCCGCCUCCUGGCCUGGGACCGCAACAGCGCAGGCCUUCUCCUCCCCCCGCAUUCCCAACGGGUCCGAUGAAGACUUCACCUCAUCGGUCCGUUCCUUCUUUCACUUCCGAGGGCCCCACCCAGAAGCAGGUUCUCGUGUCGUUCGGGGGUACCCCUCCCGACCUCACGAAAUUCUUCACCGAGUCGGCUGUCCGUGCAGCCAACGGGUACUUAAGGGAUGGUCGAUCUAUGUUGAAGGUCACCUCCAUCGUUCACGCCUAUGACGGUUUGUCAUUGGUCACCCCCGCUGUUGCCAGCCCGUCCGAUCUGGACAUCCUGCGCAACUUCAUCCGUGAAAGCCUCCCAACGGGUACUCCGUUCGAGGUUGCACUCCCAUCGUCGACAUCUUUUAUAAAGAUACUCGAUGUUCCUUACUUCGAUCCGAAAGGGUUGAAGAUCACCCAGGAGGCGCUUGAAAAGGCCCUCCGUACCUCGGUUCACGCUGAGGUUUUCGCAUAUCUGAGCACCAAGCCUCGGAUCGACCGCAACUCGGCGCACUCGACAUCGUGCACCGUGUACUGCAACAUCUGGGACUCCCAGCAGGGAACCCGUGCCAAGAAGGCCUUAGGCCAACCAAUCUUCCUUGCCGGGCGGUCCUGCGCAAUCAGGCCGGCCGCACAACACACCGGGGUCCCGCUUUGCCAGCGUUGCUGGAAGUGGGGCCACCCCACCGUCGCCUGUAAGGCGAAACAACUCUCUUGCCCCAUCUGCUCAGGGCCGCACGAGCAGAAGGAGCAUCGUCAACAUGCGGGAUGUUGCAAGGGCAACGCGAAAGCGAAGCCCCCUGUGCUGCCCACCCCUCGUGACCAGCCCUGCCCCCACAAGGGCCGCUGUGUCAACUGCCACAAGGACCAUGCUGCCAACUUGGCUUUGUGUAACUUCUGGGCCCAUCGCUACGACCAUGAGUGGAUCAUGGCCGAGUAUCGUCAGGAAACCCCUUGGAAUUUCAUAAGACAUGCACCGUCUAUCACAAGUAUGGAGGGCGAUGAGGUCAUCAGCGCACCUAAGCAUCCGGACUGGCUGCAGAUGGUAUGCAUUAAGGAAGGGGAGGUUCCCCACGUGAUCGCCUACAUCUCGACUAGGCUCUCCUGCUAUCGUCCCGCUAUGCGUCGCGACAUUGUCGACCAUCGCGACAUCCUCGUCCUCUCCCUCUUUAGCGGGGGCAAGGUUCUUAACUUAAUGAAUGUCUAUUCUGAUGAUCAACACACAGCCAUUGAGCACCUCGCUGCUCGUGUGCAUUCUUUACCACCUUUCAUUUAUAUGGCUGGUGACUUCAACUGCGUGUUGACGACUUGGGAUGACUAUGAUCAUGGCGAGUCGUCGACGGCAAUAUCCCUGCGGGACACCGCAUCUCAGAUCGGCCUCGAGUGGGCACGACCUUCUAACCAUGGACCGACGAGAAUCAGUCCUAAUCCAAACUAG